AUGGAAGCUCUGGAGCUGCUUAAUUGUCUUCUACAGCUGCAGAAAACCCAAUAUUUGCAACUGGGGCAGAGUCGUGGCCAGUACUAUGGGGGGUCACUGCCAAAUGUGAAUCAGAUUGGGAACAGUGCCAUGGAUCUCCCCUUCCAGCACAACGGAGCUCUGGCUGAAGCCUUUGGAGCAGUUCCUGUCUCUUUGACCCCGUUCCAGUCGUCGGCGCUGGACACGAGCAGGACCACGCGGCACCACGGGCUGGUGGACAGAGUGUACCGGGACCGGAACCGCCUGGGCUCGCCCCACCGCCGCCCGCUCUCCGUGGACAAACACGGCCGGCAGGUGGACAGCUGCCCCUAUGGCACCGUGUACCUGUCACCGCCGUCGGACACGAGCUGGAGAAGGACAAAUUCUGAUUCUGCCUUGCACCAGAGCACCAUGACUCCAGCUCAGCAGGAAUCCUUUUCAGGAGGCUCGCAGGACAUGCAGCAGAAAAGAGUUUUAUUGCUGACUGUCCCUGGAAUGGAAGAAACCACCUCUGAUGCAGACAAAACCCUCUCUAAGCAAGGCUGGGACACUAAAAAGACUGGGUCAUCGAGACCUAAAUCCUGUGAAGUUCCAGGAAUCAAGAUUCCCUUUCCCACUUGUGCUGGGUUGGGAAAAGGAAAUGACUGCAAUCAGGUUGUGGCUGAGCAGGGAAUUAUUUUGGGUACAAAUGUCACAAAUCUGUCAGAUAAAUGUCACAAAUCUUGCUGUGUCCCUGCUGAGGGUGGUUUGUUAUUCCCAGCAGGGAUGACGACGACGCCGGCCCCGUCCCAGCACCGCCAGCCCAGUGUCAGCCCCCUGUCCUUGGGAGCGGACUCGCGGCGACCUCAGUCCCAGCAAAUGUCCCCCACGCUGUCCCCGCUCUCACCCAUCACUCAGGCCGUGGCUAUGGAUGCAUUAUCCCUGGAGCAGCAGCUCCCCCCGUACCCCUUUUUCACCCAGACCAGCUCCCAGCAGCAGCAGCAGGCGCCGGUGGCCAGCUCCCUGCCCCAGACCCCCCCUCUGCUGCAGAGCUCGGGGCUGCAGAGGGGCCCCCAGCUGCCCCCUCUGUCCGUCACGGUACCUUCCACCAUCCCCCAGUCACCUCCAGGGAGCCAGAGCCAGCCCUCCAUGGGAAUUGACAUCAACUCGGCCUCACUCCAGCAGUACCGCAGUAAUGCUGGCUCCCCAGCCAACCAGUCUCCCACCUCUCCUGUCUCCAAUCAAGGCUUCUCUCCUGGCAGCUCCCCUCAACAUUCUUCCAUGCUGGGCAGUGUUUUUGGGGACUCCUAUUAUGAGCAGCAGAUGACAGCUAGGCAGGCUAAUGCCCUCUCCCACCAGCUGGAGCAGUUCAACAUGAUCGAGAACGCCAUCAGCUCCAACAGCCUCUACAGCCCCUGCUCCACCCUCAACUACUCGCAGGCUGCCAUGAUGGGACUGACGGGCAGCCACGGCAGCCUGCCGGACACGCAGCAGCUCAACUACUCCAGCCACGGCAACAUCCCCAACAUCAUCCUGACAGUGACAGGAGAAUCCCCCCCCAGCUUAUCAAAAGAACUGACCAGCUCCUUGGCAGGAGUGGGGGACGUCAGCUUCGACACGGAUUCCCAGUUCCCUCUGGAUGAACUCAAAAUUGACCCUUUGACCUUGGAUGGACUGCACAUGCUCAACGACCCCGACAUGGUCCUCACCGACCCCGCCACAGAGGACACGUUCCGGAUGGACCGGCUGUGAUCCGCCGGGAUCUCCCGCGGGAUCCAUCCCGGAGGGUCCAUCCCAGAGGGUCCAUCCCGUCCCGGAGGGUCCGUCCCGUCCCGGAGGAUCCGUCCCGGAGGGAGCAGCUGCUCCGUGUCCCCUGUACAAUGAGUAACCACAGCUUGUUGUUCUGAGCUUGCCGCGCUGCCGAGCCCCCGUCCCCGUGGCGCCCAGCGAUGUCACCCCCGAGCCGCUCGUUGCCGUCCAGCAGUAAGGAGUUGUCCGGUUUUUCCCGGUUUUCCAUCGGCCUUUUCCUCUGCAGAGCCCCCCUUUCCCCCAGCAAAGCUCCAGCGGGGCCCUGCCCGUGUCCCCGCGCUAGAGAAGGGCUGCGGGAUGAGGAGGGAAGGGCAGGAGAUGCCGGCAAACACCGAAAUCCGGCGCCGGAGGGGCCCAGCCCCCUCCUCUCUCCCGGAUUGGGAAGUGAAUCCCUGCAUUGCCACCUCUCCCUGGAAUUGUGACUCUGCUUUGUGACACUGUCAUCCCUCCAGGUGCCGUGCUUGUCCCCAGGUGUGUCCCCAACCUCUUGUCCCUCCCUCCUGCCCCAGCCAUCCCGGCAAAGCGGAGCCGCCGCCGGCCACCAGUCCCAAAAAUCCACUUUAAACACUAUUUUUUUCCAAGCUUUUUAUGUUUUGUUUUUUUUGUUUUGUUUUGUUUGUUUUUUUAAAAAAUAUAUAUGUAAUAUAUAUCUAUUUCUAUAUAUGGCUACAUAUAUAGAGAGCAUUUCUGAGCACACAUGAAAGUUCUAUAAUUCAUUACUUGAUUAGACAGAGGAUCAGAACAUCUUAAAGCAGCUAAAAAAAAAAUAGAGACUAACCUGCAUAAUCCUAAUUUUUACUUUGUGAGAGAUUCCUGGGCAACAGGAAGGGCAUUUCCAUAGCAAUGCCAGGCUAGUAGAAUCAUGAUUUUUUAAUUUUUUUAUUCUUAUUCAUUACUUAUUCUGUUACUUAUUUAUGAUUUUAUUUUUGGUCAUUGUUGUUGUCAUUUCUUUUUUUUUUUUUUUUUUAAUUUAAAUAUUUGGAUAUUAGGAAAGUAGCUCAACUACAUACAGCCAAUGGAAGCACUCUACAUAAUAUUUGUACAGUACAUUUUUUUUUUGUGGUUUUACUCCAGAAAUAUAUUAUAUAUAUUAUAUAUGUAGGUAUUUUUAAACUAACUGGAAUUUUAAACAGAUGUUAAGCAGGAAUAAGGAAGCCUAAGGCAAGUUUAGAUAUUUUCCUUUGGAAUAGGCAAAAUAGGGUGGUUGGAACUUAAAAAUUCCUUCAUUCACCCGGGGGAAAAAAAAAAAUCUCUUGCUCCAGAAUGACCAGGAUCAAAUCCUCCAAAAUUCUGUUUAAUUAAAUGGAGAAUUGAUUAUUUCUGGUGGUCCUUGUGCAUGUUCUGUGCUGCAAAUUAAAAAAAAAUUCCCAUCCAGAUUGCCCAGGCCGGGAAUUGGGGGUUUCACUCCGGCGGGAUCGAUGGCGAUUCCCAGAUUCCUGGGAAUGGGUGGAUGUAAAGGGCACUGCUGGAACAUCCUCAUUCCCCUGGGAUCUGCACGGGGACAGCAUCUCCCAGCACAGAAAGGCAGGAAUUAAUCAGGAAUUAACAGCAUUUGGAAUCUUAUUAACUAAUUAACAGUGCAACCCCCGAGGGCGAGCAGCCACAUGGAUCCCAUCCCUAAAAUCCCAUCGGUUCCCAGCGGGAAUUCUGCCCUUCCCAGCCUCCUGCACCUGCUGGGUUUGGACACCCAGCACUCCCAAUCCCAAAACUUCUCCUGUGCCGGGAGUUCCCCACAAUUAAUGAGCCCCUCUGCAAUUAACGCCUUCUCACUGCUCUCCUAAUGAGUUAUACCAAGUUUCUGUGUGCUUCCAGAAAUCCCGGGCUGCCGUGCUGAGGUUCCUGCAGGGUCGGGAUCUCCCCAAUCCCGGGGUGUCCCCUCACCUUUCCGUGCCAUUUCUUGACCAUUUGCACUAAAAAUGUGGAAUUUCUGUUUUU